GUUCCUGUUUCCACACACUGCUAAUCAGUUGAUUUACUGUACAAGUCCUUUCCACUUCACUCUACUGCAUGGAGAUGCAACAAUGGCAUUGAGAACAGCAGGAAGUGUGUUGAUGGUCUUUAUCUGGUCUGAGACAGUGGUACUGGGUCAGAAUGGCUGGAGGGUGACUUACAACCCUCAGAGUAUCUGUGCCUUGAAGAGGUCAACAGUGGAUCUGUCCUGCUCUUAUACAUAUCCCAGAGGUCAUACAGUCACAGAGACAUCAUGGUUCUAUAGAUGGUCUGUUGUGAAACCUCAGAAUGAUGAUCGUGUGGAGUACUAUGGGGACAGAGUGAAUGACUGCACCAUGAGAAUCACAGACCUGAGAGAGAGCGACUCAGCUGAAUACUGGUUCACAUUCGAGACUCAGAUCAUACAAGGUCACGUCUUUCAAAGUGUGAGAAGUGAGAGCUAUUCUGGCAGUCCUGGAGUCUGGCUGUCCGUCACAGGCCUGGAGGCAAAAUUUCAAACUAUAGUGACAGAGGGACAGCCUGUGACACUGACCUGUAGCACCACCUGUACUCUGACUGACAACCCCAACCCCACCUACAUCUGGAAGAAGAACAGACAAUGUCUCACAAACCCAAAGACCAAAAAUAACUACCUGUACCUAGACCCAGUCAGCAGUGAGGAUACAGGCAGAUACUCCUGUGCUGUAACCGGCCAUGAGAAUCUCCCCUCUGCCGAAGAGACUCUCACUGUCAGAUAUGGCCCAAAGAGAGUGUCAGUAUCAGUCAGUCCUUCUGGUAAAAUAGUGGAGGGCAGUUCAGUGACUCUGACCUGCAGCAGUGAUGCCAACCCACCUGUGGACAAAUACACCUGGUACAAGAACGUAACCUCACAAAAAGCAUCAGGACAGAGUUACAGCAUCACUAACAUCAGCUCUGAGGACAGUGGAGAAUACUACUGUGAGGCUGACAAUACAAUUGGAGCCCAGAUAUCUACACCUCAAUUGAUCAUUGUAGCCGAGAAACAAGCUUCUGUGAAGAAUGCAUCUAUAGGAAUCAUAGUGGUUGUUCUGGUUCUCAUCCUCUGUCUCUCUGUCCUUAUGUGGUUCAGGAAGAAGGCCUCCAAAUCCACUUCUGACACAAGAGACAGAAGAAACACGGUAGACAAUGGACAGCAAGACUCUAGUCCCGUGUAUGACAACAUCUCAGGCAUGACCCAUACUGCAGCACCGACAGUGGACACAGACAACCAGGAUAACGUUCAAUACGCCAGCAUUCAACACAGAAACCAGGAAGUGCCUGAAUACUCCACUGCCCAACUGUCUCAACCCCAGAAACAGGAGGAGGAUGCCCAGUACGCUGCUGUGAAAUUUAACCACACCAGUGCUGUUGACAUGUCAGUAGACACCAGGUUUUAGUGUAGCUGGUGAGACAUACAAAAGUAAAUAGAAAUAAGCCAAUUGUUAUGGACAAAUUGUAGGGAUAUUUUCCAACUAUUCUUCUUGUAUAAUAUACAAGAAAAUGCAUUUCUUGUAGAACUUGACUGACGUUUUGGUAGUUAGAAAGAGGCCUCAAUUUUAGUCCCUCAGUACUUCUAGUUGGUGUCAACCACAGACAUCACAUUAUUAUUAUUUCGCAGUCAGUGGGUCCCCUUCCACACCUGGUGACAUUAAUUUGCUACAUCACUACACCCUAGUUACACCUCCACACCUGGUGACAUUAACCAGGGUGUAGUGCUGUAGUAAAUGAAUGUCACCAGGUGUGAAGGUGGAGGUGUAACCAGGAUGUAGUAAUGUAGUAAAUGAAUGUCACCAGGUGUGGAGGUGUAACCAGGGUGUAGUGAUGUAGUAAACACUGUCUGUGUGGGUGGACCAUUUCAGUUUGUCUGUGAUGUGCACGGCGAGGAACUUAACUUUCCACCUUCUCCACUACUGUCCCGUCGAUGUGGAUAGGGGGCUGCUCCCUCUGCUGUUUCCUGAAAUCCACGAUCAUCUCCUUUUUUUUGUUGACAUUGAGUGUGAGGUUAUUUUACUGACACUACACUCCGGGGGCCCUCACCUCCUCCCUGUAGGCCGUCUCGUCGUUGUUGGUAAUCAAGCCUACCACUGUAGUGUCGUCUGCAAACUUGAUGAUUGAGUUGGAGGCGUGCAUGGCCAUGCAGUCAUGGGUGAACAGGGAGUACAGGAGAGGGCUGAGAACGCACCCUUGUGGGGCCCCAGUGUUGAGGAUCAGUGGGGUGGAGAUGUUGUUUUCUACAGGAAAACCACAACUUCUACAGGAAGUCCAGGACCCAGUUGCACAGGGCGGGGUCGAGACCCGGGGUCUCGAGCUUAAUGACAAGUUUGGAGGGUACUAUGGUGUUAAAUGCUGAGCUUUAGUCGAUGAACAGCAUUCUUACAUAGGUAUUACUCUUGUCCAGAUGGGUUAGGACAGUGUGCAGUGUGAGUGAACAUGCACACACACACACUAAUGAUUGAUAGAAUAGAUCUACUGUACCUCCAGUGUUGAGGAAGGUGAUUUUUCAUUUCCCAGAGUACAUGUCAUAGUCCAACCUCUCCACCUCUCCUCCCCCUCAACUGGGCUUGGAGAAGCUAAUCUCCAGACAAUCGCUCAUUUGCUCCUCAGGCAUUGGGGGCUGGGCAUUGGAGAAGUUGACUGUCUUUGUGGAGACAUCAAGGUGCACCUGCACAGCGACAGCCACAAACCUUGUUCACAAUGUGUCACCUUGUCAACAGUACAGCACUAAAUCAGCCAUAAAAUAAGUAAUGGUGGACAAGUGCCAGGCGAAUGGCAUCAUUUUCUUGAACGUACCCCAACUCCUAACUCAAAAUAGAUUGGAACAUGCCUUUACACUUUGUAGUAUAGACGGUUAUUCCCUAGCCUAGCACACACACAGACUCCUUGGUAAAUAAAAUCAUUAUCAGGUGUAGGAGAUUGUCUUUUAAGGGCCACCAAACACACCGAUUGGCACGUAUGUUUUUCUGUUGCUCAUUAGAAAAAUGAGAUUUCAGUCUUGGAGGUGUGUUUCAUCCCCGUUUGGUUUUUGACGUUUGUCCCCCAUGAGACACUGUAGGCACAGAAGCCUAUUUCACUUCCUCAAAAUAACCAUGAUGAUGUUUUUGCCAAGGAUGUUUUAGUUUUACAUCUAAUUAAGAUGUUUGGUGCAUUAUUUCUCAAGUAAGAAAAUGUGCAAUGUUUUGUCUUAUGAAAACAAAGUUGGAGGUGCUGGUCAGGUGUGUCUCACUGUCUAUGCUAUUGGAUAAAGAGCAAUCCCUGCAGCUGUUCACCCCAUGUUAGUGUGCAAAUGGACAUCAUCAAAUCAAAACCCAACCUUCAUUUACCCGUUGUGAUGCACAGAUGUUCCAAACUCCGUUUUAGAAGAGACUGACUUUAUGACCAAAAUUAACCUAUUUACACUUUGUAGUCAAUUUUGACAGUCGAAUAACUGUUUCUGACUUGAAUCGAUGCCACAUAGUCCAUUUUCAAAGGGAUUUGUUGCUUUUUAAAGGCAGUCACUCUUUAAUGUCUUCAGGGUACUUAAUUAUAACAUUAAUUGUGUGAACUACUGUACCUCAAACUUCACAGAGGGGUCAAGUGUAAUGUUUUUAGGCUUCACAUACACCUUGUCUCUGUCACAGGACAUCUAUCUUCAGGAUCUGGGCUGUCACUAGGGAAAAAAGGGGAAUCCCAGUAUUACACAUACAAUGAACUUAGAUAACUCUGGAAUAGGAUCAAAGCUGAUUUGUACCGUACAUUACUAUACAUUAAUUUGUCCUUUAUCAAGCCACGAAAGUAAGUGAUCUAUCCUAUUAUAUAUCAAAGGCCAAUCCAAAAUGAGAAGACAUGGUCCCUUUGUCUGUUCAUAUCUGGCCGCCCUGAUUCCUGUACUUUUAUCCUUGAUGCACUGACCGCUGUCAUCACUGCCCUCGUUCUCCUUACUGGAAAAACUUCACAUUCUUCUCAGGUAUCUGGGCAUAGAUCUGAAGCUAGCAGAGUCAAUACUGUGAGUGUUUGUUUCUUUUUAGUUCCCUCAUAUUAAGUUCAUAUCAAAGCAAUCUGUUGUUACAGCCUGCCGGUCAAAUUGACAGAGGGGUGGACAUUCUGAACCUUGUUUGAAGUCAGUAGGUCACAUGACCAAGGAGCUAUUGAAAUUAGAAACAUUGAAAAACAUUGAAAAAUUGCAUGAGAUGAAAAUAGACAAACUAAAGGGUC